UUUCUGUGUGAUGGAAAGUAUUCAGCAAUAUAAAACCAGGCGAGAGGAGAGACUAUUCAAAGAGACGCACGAGCAGCUAAAGGAACUUAAACAAAUCACCUGCUAACUUUUGGAGCUUUGACUGUUUCAGCUGCGCGGAUCACAUCUCUUUUGCACAUGUUUAAAGCGAUGCUCGUGAGGAACGGCUCUCAGCUUUUGCUCUUCAUAACCGUUUGCAGUGUUUUUUAUGCCCGGACCCUAAGUUUACCCUACGCCUCCAUGAGAGAUCCGAGACACGCAGAUGGUCUCUUCACAAGCGGAUACAGUAAACUUUUAGGUCAGUUGUCCGCCAGACGAUAUCUGGAGUCAUUGAUUGGAAAGCGAGUCAGUGAUGAUUUGAUGGAGGACCAGGCACCCAUGAAGCGUCAUUCAGACGCAAUAUUCACAGAUAACUACAGCCGCUUUCGCAAGCAGAUGGCCGUGAAGAAAUAUCUCAACUCUGUUCUCACAGGAAAGAGAAGUCAAGAAGACCCGCCCAGUGUACAGGAAGAAUCGACUGGUGGAGAGACCACUUAUCGAGAGAGCUACGAUGACGUCACUGUAGAUCGACUUCUGAAUCAUUUACCAUUGCCUCUCUGAGGACGGUUUGACCGCAAGAAACAUCUGUGACCAUCAUAGGUUUUCCAUCUACACAAUAUAGUAGGACAUCAGCAUAAUACUAAAAGAAAAAUUGUGGUUGCCUAUGACGUAAACAUUUGCACUGUACAUAGAAAAUAAACUUUGAUGAAAGAUGUUAGCUUGGAGAUGUACAUAAUGUGUUUUGGCCUCUGAGCCGAGACUUUGACAUGUUUCUUGUAAAUUGUAGAUCAAUAAAUGUAUUGAAACAA